AUGUCGAUUUCUUCAUCAAACACUGAAACAAAGAGGUGUCGGCACUGCAAUGCUGAGAUGGUGAAGCUAAUUUCCAAAUCUGGAAGGAAUUUGGGCAUACCGUAUUGGAAGUGCUUCACAACAUAUGGAGCUACAAGGUGUAGUGGCUAUGAAUGGGUGAUAGCAGCCAACACCCCAAAUGAAUCUGACAUUCAAAACCAGGUGGAUGUGAAGGAAUUUAACGCAUAUGCUGAAGUAAUCCGUAUACUGAAGGCCAUUCAUAAAAUCCUCCCACUGCUGUUAGUUCUAUCAUUUCUGAAUUUGGCUAUUAAAUUGAUGAAAAAGGAAGAAAUGUUUUGGGUUUAA